UCAGUAGACUGUCAGCAGCUUGUUAUAUGGUAAGUGUGUUCAAUUCUGGGAAAUUUCAUGGCUUUGUUCUUGCUUGUUCACUACAGGAUUAAACAUUGGUGAGAUAUUGCGCAGGUGUCAGGGAGGGAGAAACUGCUAAAGAUCUCUUUUCUCUAAAAGUCUGCAAAGUGUGUUGACUGAGAAGUUGGUGGAAAUCAGUACCCACAUCAGGUUGAUGGGAUGAGGGGACUCAGGGGCUUUGAUGCUGGGCUCCUUUUCAACUUCUUUUCUAUUGCCUUUAGCCUGCAUGUACCUUAUGAGGUGGAGCAGCCACCAACAAUCACAGCUCAAUCUGUAAGAUCUAUUGUUGCUGUGGCAUUUGAUGAUGAUUUCACUUUGACAUGUGAAGCUACAGGGAAUCCAAAACCAGUGUUUUACUGGACUAAAAAUGGCCUGAACUUUAACCCACAUAAUGACUCAAGACUCAAAAUCUUUGAAAACAGUGGAAGUUUUGUUAUUCCAAACAACAAAUACCUUGCAGAAUAUCAGGGUAAAUAUAGAUGCUAUGCAUCCAAUAAACUGGGAGUUGCAGUGUCAGAGGAAACCCAUUUCAUUGUACCUACUCCACCAAAGUUUCCAAAAGAAAUUGUAGAGCCAGCAGUGGUUAAAGAGGGAGAUCCAGUUGUCCUGGAAUGUAAUCCACCAAAAGGCAUUCCACCUUGCUUUCUCUACUGGAUGACUAUUGAUCUUCAACACAUUGAACAGGAUGAGCGAGUGUCCAUGGGCUUGAAUGGGAACUUGUACUUUUCAAACGUGCUAGACAAAGACAGCCGUAGCGACUACUGCUGUUAUGCUUCUUUCCCAAAGAUUCGCACCAUCGUCCAGAAAACUGCCAUGGCUAUUGUGGUCGUGUCCUCAAACUCAACUGGUGAAACAGAUGUCACAAUUUCGGAAAGAAAACCAAAUAUUCUGGUGCCCUCUGGCUAUCUGUCCCAAACAUAUCUGGUGCAAGGACAGGAUCUUGAGAUUGAGUGUAUUGCAGAGGGACUCCCCACACCAAUGACAGAAUGGACCAAGAUUGGAGGGAAGUUGCCAAAACGCACCAACAUGAAGAACCAUGGAAAACGUUUGGUUAUAACAAACGUCACUGAGGAAGAUGGUGGAAAAUACAUGUGCAAGGCAAAGAAUUCUGCUGGUGAAGCAGUUCAUUUCUUCGACAUUACAGUAGAAGAGCCACCACACUGGGUGCAAGAGCCAAUAAAAAGUCAAGUAGUGGCAAUUGGAUCAGAUGUACACAUAAAAUGCCAUGCGUCAGGAAAUCCACCACCCACAAUCACCUGGAUGAGGAAUGGUGAACCGCUCCAAACAUUCCCCUCAUCCCAUAUCAGAGUGCUACAUGACACACUAAUCCUUUACGGAGCACAACAAAAUAACAGUGCAGUAUAUCAGUGUGAGGUCUCCAACAAACAUGGUACUUUACUGAGCAAUGCCAACAUCAUGGUUAUGAAUCUUCCUCCUUUCAUCCUGACACAGAAUUCUAUAAAUUAUGGUGCUGUGUGUGGGAAGAGUGUCAUCAUGGACUGCAAAGUGUUCAGUUCUCCACCUGCUGAUAUCCACUGGAGAAAAGAUGGCCUUGAAGGUUCUGUAGUAGGAGACCGAUUCUUUCUCCAUAAAAAUGGCUCCCUGCAGAUUCACACAACUGAGGUGGAAGACACAGGAAAAUAUACUUGUUUUGCUAAAAACAAGUUUGGCGACUCCUUAAUAAAUGUACAACUUCAUAUAAAAGACCCAACCAAAAUUUUGAUCCCUCCUCAAGAUAUAAAGAUCAACAGAGGGAGUAUGGCAGAGCUUCUGUGCAAGGCACAGUAUGAUCAGUCAGAGCUGAAAAUACUCUGGCAGAAGGAUGGGAAAGAGAUAGAUUCCAACUACACUGAGUAUUCAAGAUUCUACACUGAUGAGGGAAUAUUGCAGAUCAACAAUGUGAGCCACAGAGAUGAAGGGCUGUACACUUGUAUUGCUAGAACAUCUCUUGACCAAGAUACAGCAUCUGCAUAUGUAACUGUGCUAGAUGUCCCUGACCCUCCAGUAAACGUUACAUUAUCAGAUCUGAGAGAUCGUAGUGUGAAGCUUCAUUGGAUGCCUACCAAGGACCAUAACAGCCACAUAACAGAGUACCUCAUCGAAUUUGAGGAGAACCACUGGGAGCCAGGCAAGUGGAGGCCAUUGCUACGAGUAUCAGGCCACAAGAACUCUGCUCCACUCUCAUUAUAUGGACACAUUAACUACCAGUUCAGAGUCAGUGCUGUCAAUGCCAUAGGCAGAGGUCAUCCCAGCAAACCCUCUGAGAGAUAUAAAACUCCUCCUGCUGCCCCAGAUAGGAAUCCAGGAAACAUAAAGAUUGAGGGUCAUUCGCCUCAUCAGAUGGACAUUACUUGGGAGCCUUUGAAGCCUAUUGAACACAAUGGACCUGGCCUAGAGUACAAGCUUAGCUACAGACAGAUGGGUGUUGAGGAAAGCUGGACAGAGAAGAUGAUGAAGAGGCAUUCUUUUGUCGUGACAGGCACCCCGACGUUUGUUCCUUAUGAGGUUAAGAUCCAGGCCCACAAUAAUCAUGGUUGGGCAGUGGAACCCAUUGUGGUGAUUGGAUAUUCUGGAGAAGAUUUGCCAAUUGCAGCUCCUGAGAAUGUGCAUGUAGAGGUGUUCAACUCCACGAUGCUGCAUGUCAGCUGGUCUCCUGUCCAACAGGCCCAGCUCAGAGGCCAUCUUGAAGGCUACAGUGUGCAUUGCUGGAGAACACAAAGCCUGUUGACUUCUGCAGAAGUUCCUGCUGAGAAGCAGUUUCUGAACCUCCCAGGAAAUCAGAGUCACACCAUAGUGCCUGGGCUGAAGCCUUUCUCCCAAUACCGUCUCACUGUCAAUGUCUUUAACAAGAAGGGCAAUGGUCCCAGCAGCACGCCGCUCACCUUCACAACACCACAGGGAGUUCCUGAAAGCCCCCCUAUACUCAGAGCUACAAACCCUCAGGAUAACUCCAUCACACUGGUGUGGGCUCCACCACUUGAGGCCAAUGGUGUUCUCACAGGAUACAAGCUGCAGUACCAGAUAUUCAAUGAUACAUCGGAUGUUGGUGAAGUAUACAGAGUAAACAUCAGUGGACCAGACACUACACAGUGGGUUCUAAAUGAUCUGGACACAGCAAGCCUCUACAAGUUCUCUCUGAGUGCUUGUACACUUGUGGGCUGUGGACCAGCUAUCAUUGAAGAGGGUGUCACUAUUUCUGCAGCACAUGCAGCAGGUGUACAUGAGAGAAUUUCAUCUAAAAGCUGGUUCAUCGGAAUCAUGUGUGCAGUGGCAUUGCUCACUCUGGUAGCUCUAAUUGCCUGCUUCGUGACCAAGAACAAAGCUGGAAAGUAUGCAGUGAAAGAGAACGAAGAAGUACGACCACAUCUGGAGUUUAAAGGCAUGAAUGAUGAGACUUCCUGUGAAUACAGUGACAGUGAUAGAAAGCCUCUUAAGAACAGCCAGCAUACACUAGUGGGAGACAUCAAAGAAGACAGCAGAAGCAUGGACAGCUCAGAUGACUAUGGGAAUGAGGACUGCGAGUUCAGUGAGGACGGAUCUUUCAUUGGUGAAUAUGUUGGCUAGAAACAAAGGGUAUCCAUGGACUUGACAGUUUGAGAUGCUGUUUCAUCUUUUAUACUAUUAAAUGAGUGAAAGUCUGUGUGUAAUUUAAAGAUGCAAAUGGGUGUAUAUUAAGAAUCUGAGUGUGUGUGAAUGCUCACUUGUUUAAUUAACAUUGCAAAACACACUGGCUUAAUAUCAUAUGACAAACUAAGUUUCUUUUUCACUUCAAAACUACCUAUGUUCAAUGUUCAACAACUGGGUGGAUUUUUAAAAACUGGCCAUGGCCCCACCCAGUUCCCUGGGUAAGCUCCAGGCUCCACCAUGACCCUGUGUAGGAUGAGCAGUAUGGAAAAUGGAUGGAUGGAUGGAUGUCCAUGGCCCCUCACUGACUCGAUCAUGUCAUGACAGUAAAUCUUUUAUUAGAUGCCAUGAACCUGGUAUGCAUGGGCACAAAAAUGUCCUCUCAAAAAGUCAUAACGAGGUAUGGAUCCUAUGAGCAAAUGAGUUUCCUUUGAUGUUGAUGCAAUAGAUAACAUAAGUAUUUCUGAUUCUUACAUAAAUCUGAAAACCUGAUACAUUUCUACUCAAAUAAAAUCAACAUAUACACUGCCAGUGGAAUAAAAGGGAAUCCUUAUGAAAACAUUUAAAAUAAAGUGAUGACCCAUGCUUUAGUUUUGCAUGGCCGUAUUUAAUUUUUAACAUACAAAAACAAUCUUUAAUCUUAGUCUUGGCAGUUUUCUUGUAUUGCAGUUUAUGCCUACCUCUAUCUGAUGUCUUAAACUAUGUGUCUGAAUUUUACUGUACAUAAUUUAUGUAAUUUUUUCUUCUUCUUGUUUUCAGUGAAUAAUUUUUUGUUAGCACAUUUUUUUUUACUUGUCAAUACUAUUAUUCAUACUGAAGUUUCAAUGUUUGAUCAGAAUAUUCUACAGAGUAAAAUGCAUAAAUAUAUGAAACCUAGAUGCUGCAUUAUCCACUGUUGCUAACUAAUUUAUCUACUUUCAUACAGUAACUUUCUGACAUGUUAGAAGAGCAAAAAUCUCUUGUAAGCCAGUGUAAGUAUUUGGAGAGAUGUGGGUCUAACCAGAUAAUGUAUGUUCAACAAAAUUUGCUUUAUUUUAUUUUUUUUUACAGAUGCAUUUAUAUAAAGGUGUAAAUAUAUUGUGGGACAGCCUGCCUUAAUUCUUUCAUAAAGACCCUCAUAAAAUAAAAACAUACAUGAUCUCUGA